CAUUAGAGACACGAUCGGGCGCAAGUGCAUUGCGCAGAAUCACCCCAGCCCGAGAAGUGUUACUGGGCCGGAAACUUACUGCUUCAAGAAACGGCGCUACAUGGACACGACUCCAACGAUGACAUGCCCGGCAGAAUCUGGAAUGCCUGGUGAAAAAAGUCUAGAGCCCACGGUAUCCGCGAUUCGUCAGAACAGCCCGCGUCAAAAAAGCAGAGACUCCUCCCCGGCGUAUAACGGGACAGCAGACCAUACACAACAAGAGCACGCGGAGGAUUUCGGUGCACCAGACAUUCACAGUAAAACACGGAACCCGGACGAUUUCAACGUUUUAAAUUACAUUUCAGAGGUAGACGACUUGAUGUUAUGUGAAGCGGCCAGCCUUCUUGAUUCAGCCAAUUCUUUUGUAGAAACACCCAAACCUGAAAUAGAACAAGCUAGGUUUCUCACAGCCUUUUCCAGGGCUCUAAAAUCCAGAAAGAUUUUGCUACACAAACGAAUGGUAGCUUUACUCGAGCGGCAACACAGUCAGGAUCUAUCCUUCUGGCAUAGAACAAAGCCACGUUUGUUAAACAACAAACCGAUUAAAAAACGCAAAUACAGGCGCUAAAAACCUAUAUGUAACAUGGAUCCUUCCAGAAUACCGCAAGAACACACAUCAUUAAUUACCCAAAUGGAUGAGCCAACAGACAUAAGACAUAAUUGAGACAGUUGAAACCCUGUUAUCCCAGAUACCGCAUGAACUCCAAGCUUUAAUUAACCAGAUGAAUGAUGCAGGGGUAGCAUCAGACAUAAUUCCGAUAGAUGAAACCCUAUUGCCGAGAUUCCCACUGAACUCAUAGAAUUAAUUAAUCAUAUGAAUGAGUCCGGGACGACCAAUGAAAACCUGUUAUCCCAGAUCCCUGACGCACUCAUAUUGUUAAUUAACCAGAUGAAUGAGAGCAUAAGAUCUUCUACACAGGACCCCACACAGACCCCGCCAUUAACUCCCAUGUCCGAAGAGUCUGAAACACAAUUCGAUGUUUUUGAGGAAUUGGAAAAUUGUCUACUAAAUCAGGAGGGAGAUGGUCUUGAUAGAAGUGUCCGGGGUUGUGUACCAAAAUAAAUUCAGCAAUACAGAGAUUCGUCAGUUUUUCAAUUUCACAUGGCUGAAUCAGAAUCUUGACUAUGCAGUGUUUUAUGUGAUGAUAUUGGAUACUCUGAACGAACUGUUAGACAGGGCAAGAGAUUAUGGCGAACCUCGGGAUGUCUUACAGUUGGAAAUUUGUGGAGAUAGCAUGCAAAACACUGUAUCUCUUAUUUUACCCAAUGGCGAAGCAGACAUUGACAAUUUAUAGCCCUGCUGGAACGACUUGUUCAGUCAAAUUUAUCCGUCAUAGCCGAUAGGACCCUCGAGCUUGUAGUGCAAAUAAUACGUCAACCCCUGGGUGGUGGGGGCAGAGAAGGAAACUAGAUAGCCUCAUGCAAUCAGAAAUCAUAAGCAAUAAAAGGGCAUACCUUAUAAACGUUCACAAUCCUGGUAAUAAGCUUUGCAAUAGGCCUAGUACAUUUACUCAACCCUGGAUGUACGGAUCUAGCAGCGUUACAAAAGGCUAGAGAGCUCCAAAUUGCCGUUGGUCUAGGUAUACAGGAUGCAGUGGCAUUCUCUGACAGUCAAAUUUGAAAACUUUCUGAACAUCAAGAUUGUGGUUUUGUACCACAGUAGAGCUAAUGCAGCACUCUUGACAUUUCAAAACAACCGACAACCUCAUCCUCAGAUUCUGUACUUUUAUGUGCAAAACGACCAUUAUUAUGCUAUUACCAACAUCACAGCGUUUUUAGGCGCACCAUAUGUGUGUCCAGUCUGUCAUACAGGCUACACCCGAAAGGGGGGCACUCGUGCCGUUAUAACUGUUCAGUAUGUCUGGAUAAAUUGCCCAAUGCAACCCUUAAACCUGACACCCUGUGCGGAUUGUCACCGCACAUGUUGUUCGGCCUACAGUUACGAAAAACACAAAAUUUAAACAUGGCACUCCAAGGCCUGUAAAUCUGUAAGCAGUUGUGAUAUUAACAAGAAAUGUCCAAAAUGCCUGUGCAAUUACAACCUUAAAAUAGACAGCUCUAAACCUCAUGUGUGUGGAAUCAUACAUUGUCCAAUCUGUAAAGGGCCUUUGAAAAGCAGAGACUCUGAAGUGGUUCUAGAAAGGCUAAAAGAGUGUUAUAUUCAGCCCUUGGCUGAAGAUGAACAUUCAGAGAAAUAUGUGUUUUAUGAUUUUGAGACUAAUCAGCAAUCAGGGGUUCAUUUGUCUAUUUUUGUAUCUACCAUAACUUUCAAAGGUGAUAAGUGGUCAGCAGAGGAGCCCAAUUGUGCACUCCUCUUUCUAAAACACUUUAGAAAACCCCAGUACAGAAACUUCACCUUUAUAGCGCACAAUUCUAGAGCCUAUGACUCCUACCUUCUUUUGAACCCCUUGAUACAGCAAGGCGUUGCACCCAGUGUCAUAGCUCAAGGUAGUAAAAUCUUGUGUUUUGUAGACCCCACCUUCAACCAGAGAUACAUUGACAGUUUAAGCUUCUUACCCAUGAGAUUGGCUCAAAUGCCAGAGGCCUUGGGUUUUGAGAACUCUGUGAAAGGCUGGUUUCCACAUUUCUUCACAUCUGAGGAGAAUCUACAUUAUAUUGGAGCUUAUCCCAGCCCCGAAAUGUACGGGUGUGAUCAGAUGUCUCCCAAAGAGCGAGAGAGAUUCAUGACAUGGUACGAGACAGUAUGUCACAGCACUUUUGAUUUCCACAAAGAGAUGGAGUCAUACUGUGACAACAAUGUAGUUAUACUUCAUGAAGGAUGCCUCAGAUUCAGAGAAGAGGUAAUCAAAGAUGCAGGCAUUGACCCCUGGAGUUGUACAACUAUUGCAUCGGCAUGCAUGAAAACCAAUCGUACACACUUUCUACCUACAGCAUCUAUAGCUAUCCCCUCGCCUGACAACUACCGACGCCAAUUCAAGUCAUACUCUAGUGGGUCAAUUCAAUGGUUUGAGUACUUGGCCAAGGAUAAAGACAUUUUUAUUCAACAUGCUUUGAAUAGGGGUGAGAAGGCCUUUGGGCCUUAUCGUGUAGAUGGAUACACACAGAUUGACGGUGUUGAGACCGUGUUUGAGUACAACGGUUGUUUUUUCCACGGUUGUAAAUCUUGCUUUGUGCCCCAGGCCAUGUGUGUCCUAACCCAAAAUACUUUUUGGGAAAAGUACCAAGACAAAUUGGAAUCGUUACAGGCUACUUACGGGUUGAAAGUGAAUGUGAUGUGGGCGCAUGAGUGGACCGCACUCAAAAAGUCUGAUCCUCAUGUUCUUUCCAGCUUUGACACACCAGAACCCUUAGAACCACGACAGGCCUUGUAUAGAGGCCAUACCAAUGCUUUGACAUUGCGGUAUGUAGCGUGACCCGACGAGACAAUAGGAUAUGUAGAUUUUACAUCCCUUUAUCCUCAUGUAAUGAGUUCCUCCUGCUAUCCUAUGGGGCAUCCUGAAAUUAUUCACCGCGACUUUAACUUACCCCAAAACUAUUUUGGUCUGAUCAAAGCAACUGUCUACCCUCCUAGGGGUUUGUUUAUACCAGUGUUGCCUUACAAGGGACCUCAAGGAAAACUUUUAUUUUCCCUUUGUCGCACCUGCAGUGAAAACAACAACCAGGAAAAGCCUUGUAAACACUCAGAUCAAGAAAGAGCCCUGACAGGUGUAUGGGUCGCAGUUGAAUUCUCUAAGGCUCUAGAGAUGGGGUAUCGUGUGGCCAAAAUCUUUGAAGUGUUAAACUUUUCCAGGAAAUCAGACACUCUUUUUAAAGAGUACAUCAAGACCUUCUUGAGAUGCAAGCAAAUGGCUUCAGGCUAUCCUGCAUUGGUCACAGAUCAAGAGAGCAAAGACAAGUACAUUCAAGACUAUCACGACAGAGAAGGCAUACUUCUUGACCCUGACAGAAUAGAGGUCAACAAAACCAAAAGAAAUGUGUCGAAAUUGUACUUAAACUCUCUUUGGGGGAAGCUUUCGCAGAGAUGCAAUAUGAUAACAAUGUCAAUCAUUAAAGACCACAAAGAAUUUUGGGAAUUUGUUUCUUCGGACCAAUACGAAAUUUCACAUUUUUCAUUCUUGAGUCAAGACAUUGCCCUGGUGCAAUGGAGAUGUAACAAGAAGUGGGUUCUACCCCAAUGUAAUGUAAAUGUGUUUCUUGCAGCAUUUACCACGGCCUAUGGCCGACUUGAACUGUACGCCCUCAUGGAGCAGCUUCAGAGGCGGGUUCUUUACCACGACACAGACUAUGUGGUCUAUGUAAGCAAACAGGGUGAUUGGAAACCCCCAAUUAGCAACUAUCUGGGUGGUUUAACGAGUGAUCUCAAAGAUGGUGACCAUAUCACUGAAUGGUCCUCCUGUGGUCCCAAAAGCUAUGCUUUUAGGACUAAAGACAAUCACGUGGUGUUGAAAGCCAAAGGCGUGGCACAAAACUAUGAAAAUGCCCGGCGUGUAAACUUGGAAUCAAUCACACGCUUGGUCGAGGGGUUCAUAAACGACCGGAAUAGCAACUUGGAGAUUUUGAGCUCCUACAAAAAAAAUGUUAGGGAUAAAAAGUGCUUCCAUCUAAGGAAUGCCCCACAUACUAAAAGAUUCAGGGUAGUCUAUGACAAGAGACUGCUUUUACCUGACAGGACCACAUUGCCCUUUGGCUACUGACUUAUGCUACAAGCCCCAGUGUGUCUUAAAGCUUAAGAUAUAAUGGCUGCUGUAGAAGGUUUUGACCCCCGGUUGCAACUACCAUUUUCGGCCUUAAUCGCAGGCCACUCCAAUAGUGGUAAAACUUGUUUUGUAAAAAGUAUUUUAGAGAAUUUGAACAUGUGUUAUCUCAGAAGCCUGACAAUAUUGUGUGGUGUUAUUCGUAUUAUCAAAACCUUUGUAUGAUGAACUGUUGAAGAAAAUAAAAAUCAAGUUUGUUGAAGGAA